AAGCAAGCAAUAAAAAGUGCCACAUGACCUGUGUAGAAGGAAGUAGCAAGUUAGCAACAAGCCCCGUAUCCAGCAGAUAUCCAUAUCUCUCGCGACUAAAAUUCGGGUCGAACAAAUUGAGGAAAAAUAGAAAUUAAACAACAUGUUUUUAAAACUUGUGUACGUUACAUUGGUACUCGCAUUGGUGAGUGCAACAACAACUGCAGACGUAGUUGAAUGUGCUACAUUUGAUUGUGACGCAUGUGUUGGUGACUGUCAAUGGAUGAACUGCACAUUUACAGCAACUCCAGAUGUCUCCAAUGCCUCCUGUGUCAACGUCACCUCCGUAAACAGUCAGAACAUGACCAUAGGGGCCUGCUCCAAUGAAACCUGCUCAGUGGAGCCUUUCAUUUCAAGUUCAGCCAAACCUACUACCCCCACCAUGUCUGCUAUCCCUACGGUCAUCAAUGUCACUAACAGCUCCACCACUGAGUCCACCACAGCUAACCUGACUACUGCAGUACCAACCGCCCUGCCCACUAACGGCACCGUCCCAGUCUCUGACACAACGACUGCUUCAAACAGCACUGCGUCACCAGUGGUGCCCUCUCCUGCACCUCAUAAGAAAGCAACGUUUGACGCAGCGAGCUUCAUUGGGGGCAUCGUGCUGGUCCUGGGCCUGCAGGCUGUGCUCUUCUUCCUCUACAAGUUCUGCAAGUCCAAGGACCGCAACUACCACACCCUCUGAAGGACCCACACCAACACCUACUCUGGCCCCCCACCCCUCCCGGGCCAGCUGGAACCUCCUAAUAUCAACCCCCUAACCCUUGGCCAUUGUGAUUCUCUCAAACAGUGUUUCUCCCACAAUCUCCACUCCUCAUUGCAUUGUGCUGGCAACUUGUGGUUUAGGCCUGUAGCCUGAAUACACAUGGGCUGUAAACUAUACACACAACAGAAGGCUGCUGAGGAUAAGACGGCUCAUAAUAAUGGCUGCAAACACAUGGGAACCAUGCGUUGGAUGUAUUGGAUACCAUUCCACUCUAGCCAUUAGCACGAGCCCGUCCUCCCCAAUUAAGGUGCCACCAACCUCCUGUGGUACACACCCACACUUGCGCCACAUCUUUUACUGGAUGUGUACACUACGCAUUUCUCACACCCUGGUGCAGCCUUCAGCACAUAGAAUUACAUCACUGUGUUUCCCCUCUCCUACUCCCCCCUCUCCUCAUUCAGUUAGUCAUUGUGACUGGAGAAAAAUCAGCCUAAUUUCCUGCUCCUCUCCCCUGGCCCUUCAUUUGAAUGUUUUACCUGCCUGGCCUGGUAAAACGAGCCAACAGUCAUUUAUGUAAAAUACUUUCUGUUCUGUUGGAAUAUAGUGGGGCUGCCAUGGCAUUAGCUUGUGGCCUUCAUGCACCUUGGUAACGCUUCAGAAACAGAGGUCCCCUCCCCUGUUAUUUUUCAGAAUUUGAUGACUGAAUGAUGCAGCAUAGCUUUUAUUCUUGUUUGUCGUGGGACAGAUCUGGGCAGAGUUUUUCACACCUAUAUAAAGGGGUUAUAAUCAAAUGAUAGAAAGUCCAAACAAAAGGAGAACUAGAAGCAGUACUCCAUUCUUUAAGUUUAUAUUCUGUAUGAAGAUGCCUCCAUCUGAAGCGGAGGACGAGUCAGACCCUUGGUGUUAAGACACAGCACACACCACACGCUGCCAAGAGAGCAGCUCAAUGCAAUACACCCAAAUCAAUCCCCCUUUCUACAACCCCCUCUGUCUUUAUCGGCUUCAGCCAAACGGAUCACAGUGAAGAGUCCAGUCUGUAGACUUGAGAUCUUCCCUUGACAGGAAGGCAAUCGCAAUGAGUCACGUCUUUGGGACAUGGUCGAAAGGUUCUACAGAUAAAAGAUUGUAGUAAAUAUAUGAGAAUGAUUAAAUAAGUCUAAUUAUGAAUUCAAGAGAUGAAGAUAAGACACCUUAUUGAUGCGUACAGUCAUAGCAGUAAAGUGCCUUUAAUGUUAAAUGUGACUUAAAGAGGGGAUGAGUGAGAAUUAUGAUGUUGCUCCUCUUCCUCCUAGCUGAGGCCUGAGUGUCGUUGUUGUGAAGUAAAAGCAGUCUGUUGACAGGCACGGUAAUGCGGUGCUGAUAUUGGUGAUGAGAAGAGAACCAGGGUGGUUCUCAAUCCCAUUUUAAUUCACUCAAACCAAGUAGUUACCUGAAAUUCCAAAAUGUUCCUCAUAGAAGAUUGGGAAUGAUUUCAAUUUCAGUUGACUUGCUGAAUAAUUGCAAUGAAUUGGGCCCAACCCUGAACAGCAGAACCCUAGUAUCCCAGCUGGACUGAAUAGCCUUUUAUUAUUGAAGAGUAGACCGAUACGUUAGUUCCUCAUCUUGGUCUUUGAUGGAUGAAGACCUAUUACAGUAUCAAUUGAUUAUAUUGGCAUUGGUUGAGAUGUCACCUAUGCAGGCAGAAGUUUUGAAUGUUUCCCACAGCGCCCUAGUGCUAGUCCCCCUCAUAUUGUACAGGCACAACCUUAUAGCCUGUGUUUUGAAAAUUAACAGUGAAGAAUCAUUUUUGCUUAGUUCUUAAUAAAUUUGUUUUUCCUGGAGUCAUGCAUAAAUUGAACUGAUAGUUUUGAAAUGAUCAAAUAACUAACUAAUACCUGGUCCCUGAACUUAAAAUGGGCGCAAUGUUGAGAUGUCGUCCUUUUCAUUUUGGGAGUUUUCUUUUCUCCCAGUGAGCUUUGUCUUUUUUAAGUGCAGUGCCAAGGAGAGGAGUUCCUUCAGAAAGUAUUGACACCCCUUGACUUUUUCCACAUUGUGUUGUUACAAAAUCUCAAUUUAAUCAAUUUUAGGCUGUAUCACUGAUCUGCACACAAUACCCAAAAUGUUGAAGUGGAAUUAUGUUUUUAGAAAUGUUUACAAAUGAAUUAAAAAUGAAAAUCUGAAGUGUCUCGAGUCAAAAGGUAUUCAACCCCUUUGUUAUGGCAAGCCUAAAUAAGUUCAGGGGUAAAAAUGUGCUUAACUAGUCAUGUAAAUGACAUGGACUCACUCUGUGCACAAUAAUAGUGUUUUACAUGAUUUUUAAAUGACUACUCCAUCUCUAAAACCCCACACGUACCUCGGUCAAACCUCAGUUCAUUUCAAGCACAGAUUCAACCACAAAGACCCGAGGUUUUACAAAGAAGGGCACCUAUUGGAAGAUGGGUAAAAAAAAUAAUUAAAGUAGACAUUUGAAUAUUCCUUUGAGCAUGGUGGUUAUUAAUUACACUUUGGCUGGUGUGUCAAUACAGCCAGUCACUACAAAGAUGCAGGCGUCUUUCCUAACUCAGUUGCCGGAGAGGAAGAAAACCGCUCAGGGAUUUCACCACGAGGCCAAUGGUGAUUCUAAAACAGUUAGAGUUUAAUGAUUGAUGGGAGAAAACAAGAUGGAUCAACAACAUUCUAGUUGCUCCGCAAUACUAACCUAAUUGACAGAGUGAAAAGAAGGAAGCCUGUACAGGAAUAAAAAAUAAUCCAAAACAUUAAUCCUGUUUGCAAUAAGGCACUAAAAUAAUACUGCAAAAAAUGAGGCAAAAGAAAUUUGACACUUUGUUCUGAAUACAAAGCAUUAUGUUUGGGGAAACUCCCAACACAUCACUGAGUACCACUCUUCAUAUUUCCAAGCAUGGUGGUGACUACAUCAUGCUAUGGGUAUGCUUGUCUUCAGCAAGGACUAGGGAGUUUUUUAGGAUAAGAAUAAACGGAAUAGAGCUAAGCACAAGUAAAAUCAUAGCGGGAAACCUGGUUGUCUGCUUUCAAACACACUGGGAGACAAAUUCACCUUUCAGCAGGACAAUUCCUAAAACACAAUGCCAAAUAUACACUGGAGUUUCUACCAAGACAACUUUGAAUGUUCCUGAGAGGCCUGGUUGGGCUUUUACUUAAAUCUGCUCAUAAAUCUAUGGCAAGACUUGAAAAUGGCUGAAUAAUGUGCACGAAUUGCACAAUCCAGGUGUGCAAAACUCCUACAAGUUUUGGGGGGAUUUUUCUUCUGCUUUGACGUUCGUAUUUUGUCUAGAUCGUUGGCAAAAAAAAUACAAUGAAAUCAAUUUUACACCCACUUCGUAACACAACAAAUUGUAGAAAAAGUCCAGAGUUUUGAAUACUUUCUCAAGGCACUGUAGGUUUCCCAAAUGUAGUGCUUGUACAGUAUGUCUAGUUCUUUGAUUAGCUUGCUGCUAACAGUGUGAUGUCCACCUUGUACAUAGAGCUGUCAUGUCCUUCAGUUGAUCUACCUUCAAGGUUUCCACUUUCAAUCGUGUAAAGGCAAGAUGAUGGAUCUUUUUUAGUGUUUUAUCAAUAGCUUUCGCUUGCAGUGGCUUGUCAAUGUCAAGACUCGGUUGUGUUUUUGUUUGUAAUUUUUUGCAUGUCCAAUGCUUGGAAUUGUAAUGUUUUAUUUUGAAUUAGGCUCUUGGGGCUUCAGACACUUAAAAUUAAAAUAACCACUUGAUGAAUUUGUCAAACAGUAUGCUAGUGGAGAGUAUGCCUAAAAAAUGUGCAUUAAAGCCAAAGUCCUCAGUCUUGGCAUGGAAAAUGGAGCGUUGCACUGACGAAGCUUUGCUUUGUAGUUUUUGCCUUAUCGUUUUUGUAUUGCUUCCAAAAAUGUAUGAAUGCUUGUGAGAACUCUUAACUCAAUAUUUUCCUAAUGAUGGAAAAAAAAAUAACUUGGUUGUUUUGUAUGAGCACACUCAAUGUCAUUUAAAUGUGCGCAUGCGUCUUUCCUUGGCCUUCAUUGUCCCUGAUUUUAUGUUUUUUUUCUUGAUCGCUUUAAGCAUGCCUUUUACAAUAUUCAUCUACAGUCACCCAACGGCAUUAGGCUACGUCCCAAAGACCCCCGAACUAUGGCAAGUCAGAAGUAUCAAUCUAGUUUUGCCUUGACUGCAUUCACAGCUUCACAGUAUGCUGUGGCAACUGAUAAGCAUUUGUGAAUCAAUCCAGCAUUCUGACUGUUACUUCCCUGUUAUUUCUCUUUUUGCCAUAGUCCUAAGGACACAAUGUUUGUUUUUGAAACUGAUUUAAAAUGACUGCCUACUGUAGAAAGGCACCAUCUUGCAGAGAGAUAGUAUUUUCUUUCAAUAGCUGUCACAGGACAUCGCCAGUACGUACCCACAGCAACUGAUACAAAUAUUCUGAUUGUUGCCAAUUUUUUCCAGUGCCCGUAGACUGUCACACAGUUCCUCUCCCUGCACCUUUUCAAGAAAAGUGCCUUACUCAGUUGAACAUAAAUGAAGGUUUUUAUUUUUGUCGUAACGGGAUAGUACACCCAAUAGAUAUCAAAGGGACUCCGCACUUUCAGACCCCUUGUAAAGAUGAAAUCAAAGAUGCUUUGUGUUGUAAGAGCAUCUUUUAAAUGUUGUCUUCGUUUUCUCAAUCACACUUUGCUUUGGGAGCCUAAACCAGACACAGAAGAAUGGGUCAGCUGGCCAGAGCCACAGACAUGCAUAGUAUGGCAAAUUGUCCUAAAUAUUGUCACCAAGCAUUCCAUGACUUGCCUACAUUCCAACCUAAAAUGGAAUUUACAUUCUUGACCCUAGAAUGUAGCGUUCUCUGGAACAACGGUGUACGUUAGUAUUGUACCCAGUUGGCUGACCUUUACAUGUCUCUGGCUCUGGACGCAGCUGUCAUUUAGUGUGAAGCUCUGGAGCUGUUUUUUUUUUUGUUGCUUUUUAACAAUGUCCACAUGCCACCUUGAUCUAAGUCCUGUUGAAUAAAAAGUCAUAGGUCUUAUGGAAUGAUUCCUCAGAUUUCCUCUCGCUCUCUCACACACACAGACACACAGGUUAAUGUGUUGACAGACACUUGCUGUUGCAUAUAGUCAGGAUGCCUACUACUCUAAUGGUUUAUGCUUGUUUGAUGUGUCCUUUUUGCCUGGAAUCUUGUUUUGACUUAAGUUUUCUUUUUUAGUUUUGCCAUUAGAUUCAAGAUGUUAAAAUCAAUAAAGUUUGAAUAUUCUUAAACAA